UGGUAAUUCAUAUUUUUAUGUAUUUAACCCAAACGGGUUAUCCUGGACUCUGAAUAAAGGCCCUGUUGAAUUUGUUCAACUUUAUUCUAGGUCCUCAUCGCAGGCUGCAAAUACUUCUGAGGCCAAGAGGUAUCUCAUCUCUGCAGCUGGCACUGCCUUUCCUGCUUCUGCCUGUGGCUGCAGUCAACUGGGAACGACUGAUAAGGAGCAGAAAAGUCAUACAGAAAGAACACAGAGAACUCUUGAUGGAGGAAUUUGCAGUCCUGCAAAGAGAAGUGCUGGGGAAAGAACUGCUCAAGGGGUCCCUUCUCUUCACAGCUGGCCAAUGGACGAAGAGCAGUUUGGCUUUCCUGCAUUUAGUGGCAUCUCUUGCCUGACCUGGCUGGUUUCCUUCUUGGGGGCAACUGAGGCACAGAAGUCAAGAAACUUCGCAAGGAUGUUGUUAGACUUUCCUUGUCUACAACAAGUGACGGAGAGAAACUGUUUCAAGGAGGAAAGGAGUGUUUUGGCUUGCUUCCGGCCUCUUCAGUCCAGGCUUGGUGGUCCUCAGGAUGCUGUGGAAGGAGGCACAGGCCCUGUCUGGUUCUUCAGGACUUGCUCCAGAAUCGCCACCUUGGCCAUGCCUACAAAGCAUGUGCUGACAUGCUGACACAGGUGUGGAUGUGGCUUCCUGCAAAGAGAAGAAUGAAUUGCCAGUGCCCUGGUUGGUUGAGAGAGUCAUGAGAAUGUGAUGAGAAGAGCACUAAGAAUUCUGAUGGCCUGUGGCGUGAUGGACAUCUGGCUGUCACUGAGCUGCCACAUUGAGCCACAGCUGCAAGGAAGCUGAGUGCACAGUGAGGCCAUGUCUGAAGAAGGUGGGAAGCCUCCCCACCUGCUCCCCACCAUGCGCUGUCUAAAGUGAGGCUUCUCCUGUCUUUUUACAAUCUGCUAACCUGGCUUGAGGAGAAAGGGCCUGUCUUCAAAGAAACAGACGUUGAAGGUUCCAUUUCAAAUCUGGAUCCCUGGAGAAUGUACCAAGUGGAGGUGUCAGCAAGAACAGGUUCCAGAAAGAGUCAAAUCUGUUUGUGCAGAAGCUCUGGGGCCAGGUCUUUAGAAGGAACUGGCUGCAGAAAGGAAGCUCAUCCUGCACUGCCUGGUGCUGGCAGAGGUGGUGCAGAGGUGCUGCUGCUUGGAGCAGUAGGAGAAGAAGCAGUGGGUACCACCAGCACCACAUCACAGUUGGAUCAGUUAGAGUGGGUGUUAGCCCCCACCCUUCCUGAUCCCUGCAAAGCAGGAUACCUGCAGGGAGGCAAAGUGGAGAAGCUAGUAGACCACUUAGUGCCUGCCCUGCUCUUCGGAGAUGCUGUGUUUGUCCCAGUGUUUCUGGGGACAUACCGCACUUUCACGACUGCCCAUCACGUGUUGAACCUGCUGUUCAACAGAUACAGUCAUUUCCUUGAAUAUGAGGAGGAGAAGGCAGGCGCGCAGGAGCACCUGCAGCGAGCCUUCUCCUUCAUACUGGGCUCCUGGAUGAGGGAGUACCCAGAAGACUUCACUGGAGCACCGGACACGUCCUGCCUGCAACACCUGGUAACAUAUCUACACCUCAAUAUGCCUGGCUCUGUUGAGGAACAGCAGGCCCGCCUUCUGCUCAGUCAGCUGGAGCACAUGCUUCUCAAGAAGCCAGAGCUGGAGGCUGUUCCACCAACUGCCAGGCUUUAUGAGAAAACCACUGUACACCCACUGGAUCCAACACCCUGCGUAGAAGCAGUACUACCAUGUCAGUCAGAGCUGGAACUAGCUGUAGCCUCAGAGGCCCCCUCAGCUCCAGGAGCUGCAGUGGAGCUCCAACAAGAACCCCAUGCAGACGGAUGUUCUGACUCACCUCCGUCAACUGUGACCGAAGAGAUCAAUCCACCUGCAGGUCAGCCAAUGGCCCACAGCCUUGCACCAUCUCCAGCACCAAGUCUGGAUCUUGACCUGCAAUACUCAAAUGAAGAAAGAGUGGCUGAUCCCUCAGUGCCAGGGGCACUUAGCCCAGUGGUAGCAAUGGCUCUAGAGCCAGCCAUUGAUGCACCAAUACAUGCCAGUGAUGAGGGUAUGCCAGUGCCCACUCCAGAAGCCCAGCUGCCUGAAGGCCAGUGUGACCCAAUUCUGCAACCCGCCCAAGAAGGAGACGCAUCUGCAGUUCAACCAGAGCCCUCCAAACCUAUUGUAGUGAGCAGCUCAGGGCCAGAGCUAGAGGCUCCAGGAGAUGAAAGCCUGGAGUCUGUUCUCGGUCCAUCUGGGGAGCAAGUGGAGUCUCUGGGUCCGUCUGGGGAGCAAGUGGAGUCUCUCGGUCCAUUUGGGGAGCAAGGGGAGUCUCUCGGUCCGUCUGGGGAGCAAGGGGAGUCUCUCGGUCCAUCUGGGGAGCAAGGGGAGUCUCUCGGUCCAUCUGGGAAGCAAGUGCAGUGUUGCCCGCUUGCUGGAGAGGCUGACUGCCUUGAGUCUGUUGCUGAGCAGCCAGAGCCACCCGUACAGGAGCCUCUGCCGCCCAGCCGGGAUGUAGCACCCGUCCCAUCUGUGCAGCUGGAAGCUGACACAGGCUUAGGAGGGGACAUUCCUCCAGUUACUUAUUUUGACAAAUACUAUGAGCCGCCAGUGGCUGAAGACGCCGAUGGUGCUCUGACCUGUGCUGCCGAGCAAGAGCCUGCUCGCCCACCAGCUAGCGAGGCAGACAGGCCUGCGGAAAUAGACCCGGCUCCCUGGGAGUGCGUGGAGAUGGAGGAUGUGCAGAUUUCCUCCAGGGGGCCAUCCCGGAUGUCCAUGCUAGAGUUAGACAGUGAUGAGGAGACAGCUCGAGUGCUAGAUUGGCUGCCCGAAGAGAAGGCAGAUCAGUUCUCCAUCAUGGCCGUCAAACUGUUCAAAAGACUCAUCCCUUACCACCUUUUGAGUUACGUGUAUGUACAAGCUGACCAGGAGGAGUGUCUGGAGCGCCUGGCACCCACUCUGAUUCCCAUACUGGAGCACUGUGAGCAGGUCUCCAGUUGUGUGAUCACCACGUGCCUCGGGGACCACAGCAUGGAGGCAGCAGAGAGAGCCCAAGUGGUGCAGCACUGGAUAGAGGUGGCUCUGGAGUGCCACCUACGAAAAAAUAUCUCCACCUUAUUUGCAAUCGUGUGUGCUCUGCAGAGCAGCCAGCUCCAAGGCCUGAAGAAGACGUGGAGAUUGGUUUGCAGGGAGAGAGUAGCUGUCUAUCAGGAGCUGAGGAGGAUACACUGCCAGGAGCAAGUGUACAAGGGGCGAGAGUCCAGAUACAAGAGCUUCUGGAAGAAACUCAAGAGAGGCUGCAAGAAGCCUCAACAAUUGGACUAUCCCGAGGGCACAGUCCCUUACCUGGGCACCGUCCUCACACACCUGGCCUCACUGCACAAAGACCAAGAUUCCAAGGAUGGCUCUUGGCUGAAUGUAAAAAGAAGACGAGAGGAAUUCAAGGUGAUGGCACUAAUGAAGGAGCUAAAGGGCUCAUGUCAGGAGCUCCAGGUGGUUCCUGACAUGAACUUCGUAUCUUGGUUUAACAACAUGAACCGCCUAAAUGAGUUGGAAAGCUCCAAGCUAUCCAGGGAGCUGGAGCCUCCCCGCCGGGUACUUGUCCUGAGCAGGAACAACAAGAGGAGCCCUCCCCUGAGGAAGCGCUCAGGAAAUUGCCAGGCUUUGACAAGAGAGCUCAGCAACAAUGGCAGUUCCCAGUUGGAGACAAAUGAGCAGCUCAGCGGUGGGAAUGGCAGCCAUGCACCCAGCAUGCACUUGGGCUGCUCACCCAAGCCUUCUUCACACUGCAACCGAUUAUUUCAGUCGGCCCCAAACAUCUGCAUGGCAAAGAUGACAGAAUAUGAGGGAAUCUUGCCGUUCCUGAGCCCCCAGCCCUCCCGGAGAGCUGGGCAUGGGGCUGUAUCCUAGGCUGUCCUUUCUUCAGCCAAGAUGGGUGCACCCCAACCAGAGAAAAUCAUAUUCUCCAAUGAGUUAUGGGAAAUGCGUUGCACAAUGCACAAAGACUCAAAUGUCAGGUCAUUUAGAUUAAAAACCUAUGUGGAAACACUAA